AUGACCAAGGCUUUUAGUGCUCCAGGGAAGGCACUUCUUGCGGGAGGGUACUUGGUACUAGACCCUCAAUACGAUGCUUACGUUGUUGCGCUUUCAUCGCGAAUGUAUGCUGUUAUUGAUUCCAACGGUGAAAAUUUACAUUUGACUAAUUCCAAAGUGAUAAUUACGUCUCCACAAUUCCAAAAUGGUGAAUGGGAAUACCAUUUCGAGAAAUCUGCUGAUUACAAGCACCCAAUGGAAACAAAAAAGAAUGGGAACCCAUUUUUGGAAGCGACACUAGCGACAAUCUUAUCGUAUACGCAACCAAACAGUCAUUUCGACUUGAAAAUCACGAUAUUCUCUGACCCGGGAUACCACUCGCAAACAAACACAUCAGAAAAACAUUCAGUUAAUGGGAAAAAAACAUUUUUGUACCAUAGUCAAGAGAUAAACAAAGUACCGAAAACAGGGCUUGGAUCAUCUGCUGGGUUGGUCACCGUGGUCACGACUGCAUUGAUGUCGUAUUUCCAGCCUGGAAGCGAGGAUUCGUUAGAUUUGAUACACAAUUUAGCCCAAGUUGCUCAUUGUAAGGCCCAGAAUAAGAUUGGAUCCGGCUUCGAUGUCGCCGCUGCAGUGUAUGGAUCAAUCAUAUAUCGAAGAUUUCAGCCACUGGUUGUUACUGAUAUUUUGGACAAACUCUAUGCAGACCCGCAUGCGGCAAAACUUGCCAUUGAUGGCGACUGGGAGUUCAAACAUGCCAAAUGCGCGUUGCCUCCAAGUAUAAGAUUGAUGAUGGGCGACAUUCAAGGUGGUUCAGAAACUCCCAAGAUGGUGUCAAAGGUUCUCCAAUGGAGAUCAGAGUGUCCCGAAAGAGCAAAAAAAGUUUACAAACUGUUGAAUGAUGCAAAUGUUGGAUUCACAAAUGUAAUUGGAAGCUUGAGUCAAGAUAGUAUGAACAUUACAAAAGAUCAGCGACGUGCAAUCAGUGAAGCAAUUCAAAGGAUCCGCCAAGGCUUGAAAGAAUUAACUGCUGGAGCAGAUGUGCCCGUAGAGCCACCUAUACAGACAACAUUGCUCGAUAAUGUCAGCCAAAUUAAUGGUUGCCUUGGAGGUGUUGUUCCAGGAGCAGGAGGCUACGACGCUGUGGCAGUUUUAGUUUUGGCCGAAUAUAUGGACACGAUAAAGGAAUCAACAAAAACUUCACCAGAAUUGUAUAAUUUUGUACAAUGGGUAGACCUUCACGAGGAGGCAGAGGGGUUGAGAAAAGAGGAUAUCUCUGACUUCAAUGGCUUAAUUUAG